AUGUCAGCAGAGCAAUUCUCAAAACUCUCUCUAGGAGGGGACAUGGUAACCACUCGUGCCCGGGCUGCAAGGGCAGCGAGAGCCAACUCACAAUCGUCUAAAUCAGAGCACUCCAAUCAAGAUCAGCCACUACCAUCCGUCGAGCCUACUGCUUCUCCUACACCUUCACUUGUUAUAUCCACCAAGAAUCUACAGUACAAUGUCUCGGCUUUCGACAACGACCUGCGUAGAAGAGCGAGGAAGGGACUAGAAGGAAAAGACAUCAGAAUGAAAUACUGUGCCAUUUCUGAGGAUGGAGAAAGUCCAGAUGGAAGCCCUAAGAAGUAUUUCUAUCUUGAUGAUGAUAUCACGGUAGCCAUAGGGGGAGAGUUGCGGAGACCGAGAUGUUCAUGCGGUGCAAACGAAACUGGUAUUGCAUGCAAGCACAUUUAUUGGGUUGGAGACCAGAUUAUGUCGACUGCCUACGACGAUAUGGUCAAGACACCUCUUCAUCUUUCACCAGACGGCUCCAAGAUCGAAGACGUAAAGCCGGAUAACAUACUGGACGCCAAAGGCCUAGUGAACAUUGCCAACGAUCUCAAGUGGGUUUAUCGAGACGACGAAGUACCUGAAGAUGACGAGGAUAUGAAAGAAGCGAUUACUGACAUGCUUUCUUGCUUUGCCCCUCAAGAAGAAUUGCCUGGCGAAUUCAAAUGGCCCGAGUCGCCACUGACAUCUGAGCGUUCGAAAAAGUACCAAGAUCUGGCGGAUCUUAUUACCGAGCAUGCCAACAGAGAUGCUAGCUUAUAUCUUCGGUUGCGUCGGAUUAUCGAUCCAGAUUUUGAAAGUCGCGUUUUCUUCGAGAAGGUCGAUAACCGUAUUGAAUCGGCCUUCAAUGCAUUGGAGGAGUAUAUUGCCAAGGGCCCGACCACCAAUUCAUUCCCGGAUGCACUCCGUUUCGAUGUGCCCAGCUGUGCAAAGAAGCUCAAGGCACUGGUCUGUGCUAUUGAAGAUUUCUACCAGAAUCACUCACAUGUUGAAGACGUAGCUGUUCGUGCAGCUGGAGCUCUGAUCAAGAUCCUCGACCGUGUCACAGACCGCAAUGAGAACGCAUACGAGAACAUCACGUGGGAGUGGGAAGCUCCCUCUGAUCCCAAUCAGAGCAAUCUCUACGUCGCGCUCAUUGGAGCCUACGGUGACGGUGACUCACCGUUUGUCCUCGACGCCCUUGGGUCUUUGCCACAAGAGGCCGUGUAUCGCAAUCAUUGGGAAACCCUACAAGACAUCGAGAAGAAGCUUACUGAGUCUGACGCCUCGUUGCAGUACAUCAAUAUCUUCCACAACAUUGUCUACGAGCCCCGCAAGAGGCCUGGAUCCGAGGUUCGUGAGCGAGAACCGAAGAGGGCGAUGCAGUAA